GUUGCAACAGCACACAACAGCUGGUGCCUUGCUGAAUGCACUAUUGAACCUAGGUAUCUACUUCUACCUAAUUUGUUACCUACAUAACAGAAUUUGUUUUAAAAAGUAUAUUUGUAUUUAAGGCUUUUGGUUUUUAGUUGAAUUAAAUAAAUGAAAAUAUAAUAGUCUGAAAAAAAUAAAUAUAUAAUUAAAAACUUCUACGUUGGAUUUCGCUGAUAAAUAGAACGAUCAUGGCUCUUAUGAGAUCUAAAGAAAUACCGGAAGAUGCGGUUGUUUUAGAUGAAGUAGACGCUGUUUCAUACGCUUGGGAAGUCGUAUCAAAUUGGGAAUCUAUCUCUGACACAUGGGCCCUUAAAUAUGGACCUCCUAUACUCGGAGGAAUUAAUGCAAUUGCAGGGAUUAUAAUAAAUAACCAUUACAGAACCAAAUUGAAACUGGGAACAUACGGGUUUUAUUCAUCUGUUAUCCCCAUAACUUUAAUGCCUGGCAUUUUAACAACAUUAUUCCAUAGGCAUAUUAUAUCAUCAAAAAUACUGAUAAUGAAAUCUGAUUGCCCCAUUUGCUAUGAAAUGCGGUCAGCAGGAAUUCAGCUUGGACUUGGGUUAGCAUAUCCAAUGAUUUUAGCUCCUGCAUCAGCUAUGAUGUUUGCAAACAGAUAUGCAACAUACAGAUUACCAGAUUUGACAUUUGAUGGACCCAAAAAAGUGUUCCAGUUGGUAAGAAAUAUUACAAGACCAUUUUAUGGAACAGUAGUCACACUGUCUGUUUGUCAGUUUAUUGCAUCUUCUCUUGUCACAUUUUUUGAGCUGAAGAACAACUUUGCACUGAGAAAGAAAUUGAUAGAAUUGGAAAAUCAAUUGUUAGUACAAAAUGAAGACUCAAUAUAAAUGUUAUGUUUGAUUGAAUUGUAAAUAUAUAAAUAUAUGGUAAUAAACUAGUUUUAGAUGUGCAA